AUGGCAACGUACAUCAACUAUGGCGAGGGCGAGGAUGAUGCCAUCGUGCAGGGAGCGGAGUGGCUCAUGAGGCUUCUGCAGCUGCAGCAGGGGAUGGAUGCGGAAAAGGCCUUCACCGACAAGUUCAGGAAGGAGUUUCAGGCGGUGCAGGACGCGCCAAGGUACGACAUUGCCCCUGUGUUCGAUUUGUUCGUCGACUACAGCAAGAACCUUUUCACGGCCAUCCCAGAGAACAAGCCUGAAGAGCGGCUGAAGGAGAUCGAGAGCUUCUUCGCGCUGAUUCUCAGUAUGCUGUCCUACUUCGAGGACAGUGAACAUUUGGACAAGUCAACAACAAGACUCUGCGAAUUAUUGAGCGCGGACACAGAGCAGCAGCCCGAGCUGCGACUCAGACUGCUGAUGAUGCUGUACAACACCUUCAGCCCUCCUCUCCAGCAGCGGUACAGGAUCUUCAAGUAUGCCUUGGACUACGCAGCAGCGGCUGACAUGUUCGACCAGGUUUUGCCCUACCUCGACUACCUUGACUCGUGGAUGGCCGACUGGGAGUCGUACCUCAAGAUCGACGAGAAGCGAGCAUUGUAUGCCGACAUCUCUAGACACAUGAGGGGCUACGGCAAGAAGUCCGAGGCCUUCCAGUACCUGAAGCAGUACCAUGGCCUCUUCCAGGGCGCAGCUUCGGACGCCAUGACCAAGCCAGAGGUCGUUGAGCAGACGAUCCAGCUGAUCAAGGAUGCAGUGAUGCUCCCAGCGGUGAUUCAGUUCGACGACGUUUUGAUGCUGGACACGGUCAAGGCUUUGAAAAGCACCCCUCAGGGAAACCUUGUGACCCUCUGUGAAAUCUUCCUGUCUGGUUCGGUGGAUGACCUGAAGGACUUCCACAAGAAGAACGAGAAGCUCUUUGACGAGCAUUCUCUAAACUUUCAGGAGGCGAUGUCCAAAAUUAGACUUCUGACCUUGGCCACCAUGGCUCGGGGACAGUCGGAACUCCCUUUAGAUGACAUCGCCAAGCGCAUCCAGGAAAGCCCCACCGCCGUGGAGCCGUGGGUCGUUCGGGCGAUCUCCGAGGGCGUCAUCGAUGGGCGCAUUGACCAGCUGAACCGGAAGGUGCUGGUGAAAUCCGCCUUCUUGCGCAAGUUCGAGAAGGAGGAGUGGAACUUCCUGGAUUCCAAGCUCUCACAUUGGAUCGAGAACUUGGAGCAGGUGAUCAAGUUCCUGGGUGAACAGAAGAACAAGAGCGAGGCUCUCAAUGCCUAA